UGCGUCAUUGUUGUCAUCUACUGUUAUUCCAGGCAGUGAUGGCGGAGGCGGACGAUACCGACAUGAUGAUGAACUACCACGGUGAUUUUUUAAAAAGCGACAGAAAAAACAGCCGCUACCCCUACUGCAUUGUCUGGACACCCAUUCCUAUUUUAUCGUGGGUGCUCCCCUUCAUUGGUCACAUGGGUAUAUGCACAUCUUCUGGAGUCAUACGAGAUUUUGCAGGAUCCUACUUUGUCUCGGAGGACAACAUGGGCUUCGGUAGACCAACAAAGUAUUGGAAACUUGAUGUGGACAAAGUCUGUGGUAGCGGGGCUGCUACUUGGGACAAAGCAGUGCAAGAUGCGUCAGAGGAAUACAAAUGUAGGCCGCACAAUCUAUGCUUUGAUAACUGCCAUUCCCACGUUGCCAUGGCACUCAACCUUAUGCGUUACGACAACAGCACGUCUUGGAACAUGGUGAACCUGUGUGUGCUGUCACUCAUUAAUGGAAAACAUGUGAGCUGGGCCGCGUUCCUCAAGACCUGGCUACCAUUCCUCAUGUUGUCUGGAGUUCUUGCCACCUUCAUCCUAACAUUCAACCUACAGUAAUGGAGCGAGCAGUACAAUGGGAUGACUCAAUGACUUUGGUUAUACAUUAUCAUCGACGUGAAUGAUGUGCUUUGACGGGACAUAUGUUCGAACAAAAAAAUACUAAAUGAAGGACUUCAUCAUCUGUAGUGAUCUGUAGUGAUGUAGUCUUUAGGAUGGUAACUAAGGGCAAAGGCUAGCUGUGUUUGGGUAGUUUUUAAACCAAAAAAAUAUUUUCCUUUUUUUUUUUAUUUAUGUAUUUAUUAAUUAGAAUAAUGUAUAAGCUACAGUAUCUACAAUAAUCUCUUCAAAAUUCAACAUUACUAUUUUUCACAUAGCAGGUUCAGUGUUCUUGUUUAGUUUAUUAAGAGGAUUAUGAAGGAACACUACAGUAGAGCAAUGCUGGUGAGUUCCAGUGAUUUAUUUUUCAUGGAUGGCAAUGAUGAAUGUGUUUCCAGUCUGGCUAAUGUACAUUCAGUGAUGAAUGGCUACCAAAUGGACCACGAAAUCUUAACGCUGAAAUGCAUUUAUCAGUUAUUUGUCUAAGAGACAUGAGCCGCUACCAAAGAUAAAAUGAUGCAGGACCCACUUGUGAAAAAUAGUGAUAUUGUUCUGUAAAAAUGUCCUCCUGCCUUCAUUCCACUUUCCCCUGGCAUAUAAAGACAGAUGUGUGAAGUGUUUUUUUUGUUAUUCAACAUGAGUGUAAUUCUCCAGGCAGAAACUGAAUGCUUUCAAAUAAUGCAUCUUCAUUCUUGAAUGUUAUUAUAACUCCGCCAAUUUAUACAAACUAUGAGCAAUACUCCAUUAAAUUAUUAUGUAUCAUUUA